CGCCUGCGUCGCCACGCCAGCCUGGACGGGGCCAGCCCCUACUUCAGGAUCAAGAAGUGGAAGCUGGAGAGCACCCAGCGGGCGUCCAGCCUGGACACCAGAGGGUCCCCCAAGCGUCGGCAGUUCCAGAGGCAGCGGGCGGCCAGCGAGAGCAUGGACCAGGAGGACCGGGACCCCCAUCAGACCGACAUCAUCCAGUACAUCGCCCACACGGACGACGUGUCCUUCCACCCCGCGGGGGGCCCCU